CCAACCAAGACCUGACCAGCUGGGACCAUGGGGUGCUGUCCCACGGACUGUUUCACCUGCUGCGGCGGCUGCCAACAAGACCAGUCCGGGGAAUGCUGUGAGAUGUGCUGCUGCCAACCCAGCUGCUGCGGCUGCUGCGGGUCCAGUUGCUGUGGCGGCUCUGGUUGUGGAGGAGGUUGCGGUGGCGGCGGCUGUGGAGGAGGUUGCGGUGGCGGCGGCUGCGGAGGAGGAGGCUGCUGUGGUUCUGGCUGCGGCGGGGGGUGCGGCACAGGUUGCUGUGGGUGCUGUGCUGGUUGCUGUGGGUGCUGCUGUGGGCCGGUUUGUUGCCAGCCAACACCUGUGUGUGACACGAAAUGAAGACAUCUGGAGGGAGUCCAGAGAUCACAUUUUCACUUGAAGAACCGGGAUGGAGAGA